UCAUUGUUGAAAGUUUUCAAGACAGCAUGGCACGUUCUCUGUUUCAUUGAACCUAGAAGAACGAACGUGAGAAUCAGCGACAAUGAGGAACAUUCUACGAUAUCCUGACGAAACGGCGGAGGCAUUCUGAUGGCGUUGAACGUGUGGUGCUUGAACUGUGGGUGUGAACUAGGACGGGUCUAUGUGAUAGGGCAGUGCCAUCAACCUCAAAAAGGUGAUGGUAAGGUAUUGAGAGCGAAUGAUGUGGAUCUGAGGAACAAAUGGGAUAAUACUCACAGUUCAGGGGGAUACAAUCAUGAUAAUGAGGAUGAUGAUGAUAUUAAUGAUGAUGAGAGUGAUGCUGAUGAGGAUAAUAGUGAUAUGACUCUUUGGAAUCAGAAGACCCGGAAUGGUAAUAAUGAGGGUGAUAAUGAAUCAUUGGAAUCAUCUCAAAAUGAUGAUGAUGAUGAUGAUGAUGACGAUGAUGAUGAUGACGAGGACAAUGGUGAUAUGAAUUGUUGGAAUCAGAAGAUCGGGAAUGAAGAAAGGGAUCUGGGCGGUACAAUCUACUGGGAUAAAAAGAGAAGCGAAGUCAAGAUAGUGGAUUUCAAAGAUUCCAACGGCAUGAAUGGCAGUGCGCAGAAGGAGGGCGACGACGACAAUGUUGAUAAAGCGCGUAACCAGUAGGGGAGGAGACGAGAUUAAAGAGUUCCUUGGUGCUAAGAGAGAAUGUUGUGUGUGUGUAUGUGUGUUUGUACGUGUGUGUGUGUACGAGAGAGAGAGAGAGAGAGAGAGAGAGAGAGAGAGAGAGAGAGAGAGAGAGAGAGAGAGAGAGAGAGAGAGAGAGAGAUCACUGAAUCGUCAUCGAGUCAUUGAACAGAGAAAUCAUUGAACCUUCGCCGAGGGGUCACAAAGCUCCGGGAAAU